AUAACCAGAAUAAUCAUGGCCGUCGUAGGUACCCCGCCAACAGUAGAUGACACGUAAACACAACUAUCAGGAAAUAUGGAAGGCGACGACAAAAGUAGACGUGUCCAAAUGGAAAGAGAAAAGGAGCUGGAGUUUGCUGUACACAAGAGGGAUGAAGUCAUACAACAGCUCUCAGCCCAGUUACAACAUCUUACAGCACACAAUUACAGCCAGGAAGCCACACAACUUGCACAGCAGGUUCAGAUUUUACAAACUCAACUUCAGCAUGCUGGUAAGGUCCUGCAGUCACAGUCAGAAAAGCAAGCAGAAACAUCACAUGCACUCCAAGAUGCAACACAAGAAAUCAUGUCACUCAAUGAAGUCAUCGUGGAAAAGGACAGUAUGAUGACACAGCUAGCUGAGAAACUUGACCUGAUCUCACAGGAAUACACAAGGCUUAAAGAAUCACAUGAGUCCACAAAACUACGUGAAAAACAGACUAAUGAGUUAGUGCAAAAACUCAUGAUAGAUGCAGAGCAAAUGCGGAAACAAAAGUCAGAUGUUUCUAAUUCCAACAGUAUAUCGGGGCCUUCUAGCCCAACUAGUCCAACACCAGUGGUCAGUUCGGGAAUGGUCAGUGAAAUAGAGGUUGAUGCCAAAAUGGAAGCACAGCGUAGUGAACUGGAGGAAACAUAUGGUCUGCACUUUGCUCAAAUGAAGCAGGCUGUUGUUCAACAGUAUGAGGAAGAGAAGGUAACUCUAAAUGCAGAAAUUGUUCAGUUGAAGGCGGCGCUGGAGAAAGCUUCGAGAGAUAAUGCCGAAUAUCAACAACAGUUUCAACAUUAUGUAAACAUAGAUAGUAAAUUUGGGCAAUUGCAGGAAGAAUGCAAUUUGUAUAAAUCUCAAUGUGACCAGCUAAAGGGAUUAAAAGAGGAAAUUCAGGCACAAAAUGAGGAUUAUUGUCAAAGACUUAAAGAUUAUGAACAUAUAGCUGCCAAUUUGAAGGAAUUGCAAGAUGAAUGUGACCUGUACAAGUCUCAAAACGAUGAGUUAAAUAAUAGAAUCAACAGUCAACAGGACUCAGUGGUUAGUCUGCAAUCUGAGCUAGACACUCUGACAUCUGAAAACAUUCGAUUGAGAGACCAGAUGAAUUUGUUGUCACAGGACCUUGAUUCUCAGAACUCGGAAAUAGAGGAAGCUUUCUUAGAAAAAAGCCAGUGUAUUGAGAAGGCAAAGAAAUUGGAGGAAGAAGUUGGCAUGCUUAAAUCAGAAAAUGAAGAAUUCAAAAGCAAUAGUUUCAAGACGGAGGACAUGAUUUUAUCAUUGAAAGAAGCUCUGAAACAAUCUGAAACAUCUCGACAGAAGCUUGAAGCUACUAUAAUGGGAGAAAGAGAUUUGGUGUCUGGUAUUAAAAUUGAUGGUGUGACAUCUUGUGAAUCAACUGAUGAAGCAGACUUUGGGAAACUCACUGAAGAACCAAUUUCUGAUAUAGACAAUGUAUCUUUAGAAGUGCAGACUCCAAUUGGAAGCAUGCCUGCAGAAUCAGGUACCGAAGAAGUGGGGGUAAAAUUCUAUGGACAAUCUACCGUGUGUGUUCAGGGGGAAGUUACAUUACAAAAUGCCUCUCUUACCGAUAUUGAUCAGAUAUACAAUGAUACUUCUGUUUCUUCUAUUCCAUUUGAAGAAAAAUUAUCGAGUGAUACUCCCAAUGACAGUGAAGCCACUCUUACCAACAAUAGCUUUGAGUCAUCACAAUCAAAUUCAGAACAGAAUCAACAGUACAUUUCUCAGAUUGAAGCCUUGAAAGCAGACGUGGCAAGACUUUUGGAUGAGAGAACAUUUGCUCUGUCAGAGGUUGAAAAAUUAAGUGAUGAAAUUUUGGUGCUGAAGGAUAUUGGAAAUAAAGCAGAAGUUGAACUGCGGGAACUUGAUCAUGUGAAGUCGGAAAAUGAAUUAUUUCAAAGGGAGAGAGAGGAACAGUUAGAAAGUAAUUUGACUUUGAUGGCAGAUGUGCAAAGUGCCCACUUCAUUAUUGAAAACUUGGAGAAAGAGCGGAUUCAGUUACUUGUCAACAAUGAAAGUUUAGAGGAGAAAAACAAUGAAAUUCAUGCAAAAUAUGAGGAUCUUUCAGCAACAAAUCAAAGACUUUCUGCAGAAUUAACAUCUUUGGGUCAAGACCAGUCUGCCUUGGUUCUGUCUCAGACAGGUGCAAGACAAGAGACCGUUAGUAGGACUGAUGAAGCACAUCUGAAUGAAGGUGACUCCUCAGUACAUUCUUCACAUACAGACUCUGACAAUGUGUCUAGGGUGUCUACUUGUCACUCAUCUCUAGACCAAGGUCAGAUUCCUCGACUUGAUAACAACCACCUGGCACAAUUUGAUGGGAGCUUCUACUUUGGGAAAAAGGAAGAAGUUCUGUUGGAGACCCAUGAGCAGUCAGCUGACCAAAGUCAUUUAAGCGCAAGUCAAGCCAACAGUCAAACAAAUAAUGCAGAUAUGGGGCCAAACAAGACCAAAAAAGAUAAUUAUAAGAAUCAGAGAGAUCUGGAACAAGAAAUCCUACAGAUGCAGACGCAUGUUGAUGACCUACAUGCCAUGAGAGCGAAUCUGCAGGAGCAUAUAGAGCAUUUAAGAAAAGAAGCUAAGUCUCUAGAAAAAUCAUUGCAACAGACACAAGACCAGCAAACUGCUGCUGAAUCAGUAACCACUACAGAGCGUAUCACAGAUAGUGCAAAUACUACUGUUAAUGAACUCAUGGAGAAGAACAACACACUGCAGGAAGAGAAAGAUUUACUCAAUCGGAAAGUCAGUGCCUUGGAAUGGCAGGUUACUGAACUGCAGACAGAGAACAAGAAAAAUACUGAAAGAUUAGCUGUGCCAGUCGAGGAGGUUAUGGUGCAGAACUUCAUAGAGGGUGAGGAGGCUGUUUUUGUGGGUUCCAUUGACCCUUGGACAAAGCCAACAGCAGAGUCAUUGUCUUCCCAGGAUUCCAUUGAACAGGAAAUCAUGGUUCAGGACUCCCAGCAUUCUAUGUUCCUGGGACAGGAAGUGGUGGAGGACAAGGUAAAUCAAACAGGAUUCCAGGGAACAUGCGAAAUGAUGAUCUCAUCCCGAAUGUCUCCAGACUCCAUUGACCAGUUGGACAACGAGGACCAUGCAAAUGACAUUUCCUCAGAUUCUAUAGAACAGGAUGUAUCAAGACCAGAGACAAGACUACAAGAGAGGUUGGAGAGUCUGAAACAGGAAUAUGAGGCUCAGUUAGAUCACCUUCGGGAACAGUUAGCAACAGAACGACAGAAACAACAGGGCAAAGAAACAGAUCAGCAACACGUGGCAACGACAUCUUACAUAGAGACCGCUGAUCAGUUUAGACAAGGUCUGGGGAGUGACCAGCAGGUGGAACUUAACCAUGUCAUACAAGCCAUAGAAGUUAUGCACAAGAAAGAGGUGGAGUUAGCCCAGCGCCAACACGUGGAUGAUGUCAAUCUCCAGGUGAAGGCAAUGCGCCUAACCCUAGAACAGAUUUACACCAGCCAACUAGAGUUGGUGAGGGCAGAUAUGGAAAACCAGCACACUAAAUCACUGGACUCGCUACGAGAAACUCUCACCAAAGAAUACAAGGCAGAAAUCAACCGUCUCGAAGCUGAUUGGUCAAGUCAGAUGGCAGAACUUGAGGAUGAACAUGUAGAUGAACUUCAAAGGUCACUUCUUGAGGAGGCUGUUGGUUCGGAGCAGUCGAGAGCAGCUUAUAUCCAGAAUCUGAAUGAGAAACUCAGCAAUGAGCACCGUAAACUUGUUGAGAAAAUUUCGGAGGAUCUGGAAAAAGGUGCCGAGAUUAGACGGCACACUCCAAGGAAGAAACAGAAGCCCCUAACCACGGAGUCAGAAGAUGGGGAUACAGAAACAGAAAGUAUCCAUUCCAUGCCUGUUACUGGGGAGGAAUAUCAACAGGUGGAAGAGCGAGAAAAGGUGCUGGAUAGAGUGGAAGAUGUACGACAGACUUUGGAGGCUCAGCGAGAGGAGAUUGUUACACUUCGUGCUGCAAUGCUUACAGAGUACGAACAACUUCUGGCUCUACGUACGGAAACCAUGGCAUCCAACACGCAGCAAGUGGAGAAAAUGCAACACGAUAUGGAGGACCUCCAGAAAACAUAUGAGGAAAAAAUUCUUGACUUCCAGGCCAAGGUCGAAUCCAAAACAGGUGAAGCCCUGCGCUUAACUGUCACAGAACAACACAACAAAGAACUAGAAAUAUUACAAUCUGUCUAUGAACAAAAGCUUGUGGACCUCCAGGAAUCCUUCACAAAAGAAAGACUACAGCACCAACAACAGAUAGACCAUCUUAUGUCUCUUAAGCAGGAAGUUUCUUCUGAGCAUGCUCAACAGGAAGGUGAACCAACAGUAACUUCUAGUGAUGAACAUUUGAGAAGUGAUAAGGAAUUUUCAAAUCUUUCAUCUCUAGAACGUGUCAGUGAACUUGAAUCAAAAUUAGCAGAAAAAGAUUCUGCUAUUGAAUCUUUAACCAGUCAGAUUACUGAAAUCAAGGAACGAUAUGAAAAGAGAGACACUGGUCUGUCAGACAUUCAGCAGGAAUUAAACAAUAGGUGCAAAGAAUUGGAGGAAAUGAAACAAAUUCUGAAGGUAAAAGAUGAUAAAAUUGUCGAUUUGGAGAAAGAAAAGUGUGACGUGGAAGAAAAAUGUGCUAAAGAUAUGCAAGAGUCUACAGUAAGAUAUACCAAAGAGACGGAUGAAAUGACUUCUCGACUGAUUGAUAUUCAGGCAGAAUUGGAGGCUUCACGGGAACAGGAACGCAUGCUGGAGGAACAGUAUGAAGAAUUACAGCACCAGCAUGUUCAGGCACUCGAAAGUGCACAUCAAGAUUUCGACCACGAAAAACAUGUAGAAGUGGGCUCACUUCAAUCUGAGUUCAAAGUUCAGUUAGAGAUUGAACUCAAGAGACAGGCAGCAGACUUAGCGUUUGAUCAUGAAGAAAAAAUGAAAGAAAUUGCCAAAAGUUACGAGGAUAAAAUUCAGCAACUUAAAGAAGAUUUCGAUGAGAAAUUAAUAGACAUAAAAACUCGAGCUUCUGAAGCCUCACCUGAUGUAGAGGAUAAAGACUUGGACACAGAAAAGGGAUCUGUUGUGUCGCAGGAAAUCCAAUUUGACACGGUAGAUUAUAAUGUUGACACAGACGCAGCAAGUUCAAAAGCAAGUACUGUUGUAGAAGUUUCAAGUGACAGAAUUCGAUCACAGAGACAGGAAUCUGACAAUUCUAUGGAAAGUGACAGAGAAUCUGAAACAUGUACGCCAAGAGGAGGCCAGAUUUCGAUAGGAGAGGCCAGUGCAAUGUCGUACGAGACCGAGGACGAGUCGAUUUCUCAGGAUAUUACACCAGGAAGUGACGAGGCCGAAUCUAUACAGGAUACCACACAAGACACAACACAGGAUACUGAUUCAGAAACUGUGGCCGGUCUGUUCAAGGAAAUCUCCAAGGCAAAAGAGGAUACACUUUCCUUUUUACGGGCAGAGUAUGAACAGAAAAUUGCUGCACUUGAUGAUCGGUUACGACAGGUCAUGGCUGAAAACAGCGAAUACGAAAAAGACAUGGAAGCUCUUAAAGAGCAAAUUGAGGAUUUCAAAUUAGAGAAAUCAAGUAUGGAACAGAAACUAAGUGAAAUGAAAACAAAUUAUGAAAACAAAUUAAAAGAUAUUGAAUUGUCGUCUGUGACUAAUGGGGAUGUUGAUAAGGUUCGGCAAGAGUAUGCGAGAGAGUAUGACGAAAAUGUGUCUCAAAUUCGCAGGGAGUUUGAGGAGAAAAUGGAUUUAUUACGACUAGAGUUACAGGAGAGUUUCGAAAACGAAAAAGAUGGCCUUAUUCAGGAACAUCGAAAUAAGAUGAAUGAAAUUGAGGACAAGUACGAAAACUUAAUUGAAAGUGUUAGGAGUGGAGAUGCCCCAGAGGUUGCCGAUAUUGUUCGUGACCGGAUUGACACCGAACUGGAAAUGGCCAAGACUCUGAUGCAACAAGAAUUUGAUGAAACACUUGAAUCUGAACAGGCUCGAAUGAUAGAACUGCAGCAACAAGAACUGGACGAUCUACAGUCACAACAUGAGAGUGACAUUGCCGACUGUCGUAAAACCCUCCAGGCUGAGUUUGAUGGUCGCCUACUAGAAUUAGAACAGCUUCAUCUGGAAGAGAUGUCCAAACUUCAACAGGAACUCAUCAAUUCUUCGUCAGAAUCCGCACCUGCGGAGUCUAAACAGGAAGCACCGGAUUCCGUAUCUGCCGAGGUUGACAACACACAUGCAGAUUUGGUUGCCCAAGAAAUGGAGAGUUUAAACGAGAAACACAAAAAUGACCUGGCAUCUCUUGAGUCUCAUUAUGAUGCCAAAAUCAAGGAACUAGAAGAUAAGUAUUCGGGAGAGAUAAACGAAUUGAUAUCGCGCCUGGAUGGUCACCUUACAAUAAACACAGGGACCAUGGAACUAGCUGGAGUUGUGUCCCCUGUCCUCUCUGUACCUCGGCUGCCCUUAGAUAUAUUGGAUCAGAAGGAAGGCAUGGAGAGACAGGGUUCCUCCGGGGAGGAUUCUGUUCCCAAUCGCAGUACUCCUCGUGACCUUGACAGUGAGAGGUCAAUUGACAGGUCAGAAACCAUGGAAACACUUCUGCCCCCUGCACAGAUCAGCCCAACCUUAGAGGCGCUGAGUGACCGUGACCAUGAUAGUCUCAAAUCCGAGGAAAUAAUUAUGCGGUUCGACAGUGAGUCAGAGGACAAUGGGAUGGAGGAGCGUCCGGGUGCAAGAAUGGGUCACGUCCCACUGGACAGUGGUGACUUCAGCUCUGAGGAGGAAACGAUUGACUCCCCUAGAGUGACUGCAGCACCACUUGAAGAGGAACUUAUCAUUCCACAUCUAGCUUCAGCUCAGAGUAUGUUACCAGGACAGACCACAUCUCCAGAGGAGUCGAAGGAGCAGCAGAUGGAAGAGAAAGAGCAGGAUGAAAGUGAGGCUGAUCGUAGCACCAGUCCUGCUGAUAUUUUGUUACAGACACAGUCAUUGGCUGGAUUUACAUUGCCUACAUCAACGAUUGAAUCUUCAACAGGAUCUCACUCUGCAGAUUUCCACGAGACUUUGUUAAUGGAAGUUAAAGAAAAGGAUCAGAAAAUCUUACAGUUGGAGGAAGAGAUCCAGGCCUUGAACGGACAGCUGAAAAAACAGAAGGAGGAGGAGAACAUGAUUUUACUACGACGAGAAAGAGAGGCUCAAGAAGACCAAAAUCUAGAAGAACUCCUCCGACAGGAUGUGUCCCGAGUGAAUAAAGAACGAGAGGCAAUACAACAAACCAAUGAACACUUGAUGCAGCUUCUGUCUGAUGCGGUCAAGACGUUUAUGAGUGUGGAGGAGUCAAUUGGAAAGAAGUUGUCAAAGAUUGUCGUAGACACUGGUGACCAAUCAGCCCAUUCUGGAGCCAAGUCUCCUCGGUCAGCGGAACAAAGUCAUGGAGGCCCUCUAGGUGCUGAAGGAGGAGAGUUCCACGACAGUGGUGAUGUUCCUCAGGAAACGUCAAUCUUAUCGAACGAUGAAGGACUGGAUCUGUCUCAGCGACUCUGUGAGAGUAUCUUCUUGGACUCUGAAGGGGAGGAGCUUCUCACAGAUGCCAGUCAGAGACUCCAGGGGUCGGUGACACGCCUCCUCGAUAUGAUUGAGGACACCACCCACCAGCUGACAGAUGCACGCCAAACCCAACAUGACCUUGUGUCGACCCUGUCGUCAGGCCAACAGGAGUCGCAAACGCUCGAGUCUCGCUGCCAGGAAAUGGAGGACCGACUUCGGGAACAGGUGGAGGCGAAAGAGUUCCUUGCCCUUGAACUGCAUAAAGCUGAAGGGUUAAUUGAAGGUUACAGUGCUGAACGUGAGAUGUUAGAACUUCGGAUACAGGACCUUGAGGAACAGAAAGAGGCUCUUGUCCUUGACCUUGAGACCACACGCAACAAACUCGGUGACCUUGAAACAGUUCAUCAUGAAGCAACAUCACUGCGCGCAGAAAUCCAACGACAGCACAACCUAGUCCAGGAGAAUGCUGGGGAGGAGGCACAAGUUUCCAUGACGACAAGAGAAGGUGCGCCCCAUAGUGGACAAGCACUGAUGCUGGAGGUACAUAGGGUCAAUGAAGAAAAACGAGAUCUGGCCCAAAAGCUGCGUGACUUGCAGGAAAAAUAUGACCAUCGUGUGCGUGAUCUUGAGAAUGCUGGGGAGGAGACAGAACGCCAUUAUGUGGCUCUUCUGGAAGACAAGAAGGCUGAAAUGACUGACCUUCGACUCCAGCUGGACGCAUCAGAGAAACAGAACAAGGCGAACCGCCAGUUUAUGGAGGAAGAAGCCAUGGAAAGGGAAAAAGAAAGGGAAGAAUAUCAGAGAGAAAUAGCUUCAUGGGAACAGAAAAUCCUGGACAGUCAGAAGGAGAAGAAGGUGGAAACAAGACUACAACGACAGGUCGAUGAUUUGACAGAACAGUUACAAAGUCGAUUGGACCGUGACAGCGAAUUUGUGGAGCAGACAGCUCAGCUCCAGCGUGACCUCCACGACAAACAAUUGAGUGCAGAAGAUAUGAGGGCCCUAGUUCUGGACCAGGAGAAAGAACUGGAGGAGCGAGGUCGGAUGGAAGAUAUUCUCCGACAGAAACUGAGAGAAAUGGAGGAGGAACUGUCUAAACAGCAUACAGUAAACACUGAACUGUCAGAAAUAAUCAAACUGCCCCCCAAUGUAGAGUCUGAUGAGGAAGAGAUGGCUGAGACUAGCACAUCAAAUGGAGGACACAAAAUCAUCACAGGACACCGCCGCCUGUUACCAUCACAGCUAUCUCUACAACAGGAGGAGGAACUACUCCAUGAGAAAGAGGCCUUACAGCGUCGUGUAGAGCAGCAACUGAAAGCAGAUCUCAGCAUUGGAAAAUAAGCUGGAUUUGAUGAGACAUCGUGGAAGUCUAGACGAGGACAGUCAAGCAGCUACACUUCAGAGACAGCUAGAGAGACAGACAGAGUUUGUGGAGUCUCGUGAC